AUGCCUCGCCCCAAAGUUCCGCCGCACCGGCGACAGAGAGUUGUCCAGGCCUGUAACGCCUGUCGCGCCGUGCGUAAGAGAUGUUCCGGCGCAGCUCCGUGCACCCUCUGCCAGCGGCGUGGAAUUGGCCACUCGUGCUCUAUCCCAGCCCACACCCCAGCUGCCAACCCACAAGGCGUUGUAGCAAGCGAGCGGGCAGGAGCCAUUUUGGAUUCUGCAGAUCUCCCAGCGGGCCUGAUCGAACAGGCUCCUUUGAUCCAGACACGACCUCCGGACGCUGCUGGAUCACUGGCUUCGUCGACGAGCCAGGCCAUAGGGCCCUCUCAUCUAGAGGACCGGACCUCCUUAAAUGAGAUGAGACUGUCCAAUCAAGAGAAUCGUCCAGAGUCACCGAUACUCGGCGCCAAGCCGCAGCCUCGCAUGCUCCUCAACCUCCAUGGCGAGAGAGUUUUCAUCGGUAGAGGCGGCUCCCAAUCACUACUGCAAUGCGUUCGAAAAAUCAUAGCGUCGCAGAUCGGGCCUUCCUCUUUCUCACGAGACGGAAGAAGCGAGAUCAUGCACGAGACAGAGUCUCCCCAAGCACGCCACCACACAUCCAGCCCGGGAGAAAUGAGCGUCGAAACGAAACUAAUGUACGCCGGUUACUUUUCCGCAGUGACUGGGGGGUUGAUUGAUCCCUUUUGUCCACAGGAGCUGGAGACCCUUCUAACGACGCCCUCUCUGGAAAGUCCGCACAAAAAGGCACUCGCCGAGCUAGUCAUUGCCAUCGGGCUCCAGUGUGAGCUUUCUGCUGAUACCCUUGACCGCGAAUUGGCCUACUUCACCCACGCUCAGUCACAUGCCUUUUCGGGGAUGCUUGAAGAGCCUGAUCUGGAUGUGGUGAGAAUCUUUCUAAUCAUGGCCUUUUACCUCCUGGGACAAGGCCGUAGGAAUACCGCAUUUGUAUAUCUCGGGAUUGCAGCUCGUAUAGCGCUCGUCCUCGGUUUGCACAGCCAGGAAACCUACACCGACAUCAAUGACCCAAAGCAACAAUUGAGGCUACGUGUAUGGAUGAGCCUGCGAGUAAUGGACAUCCCCAUUAGCUCGGUCCUGGGCCGUCCGCCAGCCACUGGCGGCGUGCACUCUGACCUUAAAAGUCUCAUCGACGGGAUCGAAAGGAUCGACCACGAUAGCGGGAUAACUUGCCUCGCGGCAUCGUACAAGAUUGUUUCAUUGAUAAGCAGCAUCGUCGACAGGGUGUAUGAUCGCAAGGAGAUAUCCAUUUCUCUUGUCGAGGAGUUCUUGCAAAAGUUGAAGGAGUGGGGUCAGGAGGUGCCUGAAUUUCUACACACACUUCCCCCUUCCUCAUCUUCCGUUAGUCAAGGUGAUUUGCCGGAACGCAAGGGCGCAAUUGGCAGAGUCCACGUCUCUUGCCUCUACUACUUUGCUGUCAACCUGGUCACGCGUCCUCUUCUCAUCUCCACUCUGACAAGGCAGCAACCAGCCGACGCUGUGUCUUCCCAGUUAGCAUCAGCCUGUCUCGAGGCCGCGACGCUGGUUGUGCAAACUUGCAAUGAUGCGCACAAACUGAACUUAUUGAAAGCUAACAUGUCUACACUAAUGACAAUGAUAUUUCCGGCCGGGCUAGUGCUAGGGCUCGAGCUUUUCGCAAAGGAAUCGGGACCUUAUGGAAUCGAAGCAGCCUUCCAUGGCGCCCGAGAUCUUCUUGGUUUCUUGGGCGCAAAAAGCUCACUGGCUGCAUUGUAUCAUGAGAUGCUUAUAUCCCUCUGGAACGUAAUCUCGGAGCGUCGCACCCGCAAGCGGUCUCACGCAGGCAACUCGUACGUAUCUAGGAUCUUCGCUUUCGAUCGGCCACAAACCCAGGAUAUGAGGCCUCGACAAGAGGCUACCAAUAGCCCAGGCUUCAUGAGUGCAAGUCAGCAGGAUCAGACGGCGUCUCUAUUUACGGCUGAGAUACCCGAUAGCAAUGCUCCGCUGGAUUCAGGAGAGGUCUUUCUUGAUUGGGAUAGCCUCGAUAUCACGCAGUGGGAUACUUUUCCAUUUAUAGGUGGCUAA